GGAUCUGAUCCAUGGGGAGUGAAAGUUGAACGUGUUGAAAUCAAAGAUGUUCGAUUGCCUACCAAUAUGCAACGUAGUAUGGCUGCGGAAGCUGAAGCUACUCGAGAAGCUCAUGCGAAAGUCAUUGCGGCUGAAGGAGAAAAAAAAGCAUCACGAUCAUUAAAGGAAGCUGCUGAUAUAAUUAAUGAAAGUCCAAUUGCAUUACAAUUACGUUACUUUCAAACAUUAACACAUAUAUCAGCUGAAAAAAAUUCAACAAUCGUUUUUCCAAUACCUAUCGAAUUUUUGAAAUUAAUGAAAAAUCGAGGGUCGCAUUCAACUACAAGUGGUUUUUAA